AUGACUGGACGUGGGGCAGGCGAACAACUCGGCGAGACGCAGCGACUGCUGCACGCCACACAGAUCGAACUCCGCAAGGCGCAGGUCAAGUACGGCCGCGAGGUGGAAGAGGUCCGUGCGGCAGCAGCAGAGGCAGCAGAGCAAGCUGCGGAAGAGUCGGCAGCGUUGGCAAAUGCGCUGAUGGAUGCCGAGGCGAGACUGGUUGGCUACGAGCAGACACAGCUGGCCAUGGACGAGGAGAUGGCCAGGCUCCGUGUAGAGCGCGACGCUGCUGUCGCCCGCGCGAGCGAUGCUGUAGGCGCUGCUGCCGAGCGCGAUCAGCUCCAAGAGGUAGUUACCAGGCUGCGGGAAGCAAACCUCUCUCUGGUCAGCAACCGCAAGGUCAGCCAUGCCGAGGAGCCUGCGGAUCGCGCGACCCGCGCCGAAGAGGCUGCCGCCUCUCUCCGCGACUCGCUCUCUGCAGCGCAGUCGUCUAUGGUCUCGACGGCAGAGAACUUGCUGGGCCAAGUGAGCAGGCUUUCCAGCGAGUGCGAUGUGCUCCGUACGCACGUUGACGAGGUCGAGGCCGAGCGGGAUGCGCUGAAGCACUCGCUAGCCGAGUCCGAGUUCAAGUGGUCAGCGACGCAGCACGCCAUGCUUGCGCUCCGUGAGCAGAUCUCACUUACCUCUACCGUGUCGGACGCAAGCGUGGGAGGCUCGCCGGCGCGGGCGGCCAUGAUUGCGCAGGCGCAGCUUGCCGACGCCCGGCUCCGCAUCGACGAGCUCGGCAACGAGCUCGUCGACGCCCGCGCCACCAUCGCUCAGCUCGAGGCUGCGGAACCGGCCGAGCCGCACGCACUCUCUGACCUCGAGUUUGAGCUCGAGGCGACCCGCGCUGAGCUCGCGGUUGUCCGCGGCCGCGCCGAGCGGCUCGCGUCCGAGUCGUCGUUCGAGCUCCGCUCGCCGUCGCCGCCGGCGCUGCCGUCACCACUGCAGCCUCUGGAGAAUGAGUCCGACGAGCCGCUUCCGUCGUACCAUGCACUAGCGCAGCUCUCGUACUCGCCCAACUCUGUGCCCGAGAUCGAGCCUGACUCGUCACAGCUCCUCUCCGGCCUCGUCGCCGAAGUCGCUGCCCUCCGCCUCGAAAACGAGAACAUGCUCCUGGAGCUUGAGUCAUCGCGGUCGGAAAUCACUGUCCUCCGCGAGGCUGCCCGCCAUCACGCCCGCCUCGUUGCCGCCCACGGCGAACUUGUUGCCCGCCACAACGCCGUCCUCACCUCUUCUCAGCAGUCCGCCACCAUCGCCGCGCUCACUGCCGAGCUCGAGUCGACCAAGGCCGCCUACGCCGACGCCAUUGCCGCGAAACUCUCACAGCAGCUUGAGCUCGCCACUACCUCGGCUCGCCUCCUCGAGCUCGAGCAGCAGCAAUUCAAAGUAGCGGCAGCGCUAGGCGUAGUAGGGCUGGCUGGGUACCUGGCGGUGACCCGCGGCCUGGCCAUGCUCGCCACCUCGGCUAUCUCGCGAUCCUUGGGGGCAUCGGGAACGUUCUCUGUCCGCUCGCUCGGUCUGGCGUAUGCACAUGACCUUGCGUUGGCUCGGCCGGCCUCGGGCAUUGCCAUGACACUUGCAUCGUGCUCCAUCUCCACCAACUUUGUCAACUACCUCUCAUCUUGGGGUCAUGCCCAUGCCCUCGUCGUCUCCAUCGCCGGCAUCCACGUCGACCUUGAUCUGGCCACGAGGCUGGCGCAGCAUGUUGCACGCAAAGGUGAGGUGCAUCUCGCUGUAGAUGACGGCCGUGCCGCUCCGCCGUAUGCGUUAGGCCGAUAUGAGCGGCUUGCGCUGCGGAUGCUCCUCCCGCUCUUCCCGCACACCGUUGUGGAGCUGGUGGAGGCCACAGCGGUGGUCAGCCUCCCGCUCUCUGCGCGGGCCCUGGUCUCGCUUGACAGCCUGCAGCUGAGCCUGGCCCGUGGGGAGAAGGAUGGCGACUUUGCCUUUCGGCUCUCGGCUCGUGGCCUCGACAUGGAUCUCGAGUCGCCUGCCGGCUCACUCUUCCGCGACACCAUGGACCGCCCCAUGGUCCAGGGCGAGUCGCUGACGGCUUCGCUACUGUUUUCGUGGAGCUCGCCGCCACUCCAUGCCGGACCGGUCCCGCUCACAGACAUUCUUCCGUCAAUCGAGGCCUGCGACGUGUCUUGCGGUGCGCUCGGCGUCGCCAGCUGCCCGGCGGCGCUGCAGCUGCAGGCCGCGCUUGUGGGAGCGCUCUUGCCGUCUCGCUCUGCGGGCCCGUCCUCGCAGUCGCUGGCACGCGUCGAGCACGCCCGUGGUGUGGUGGUCCGCCAGCUCUCGCUGCCUGUACACGUCGCUGUCCGGAUCGACGAGUUUACCGCCACGCUCUUUACGCCCCGCCGCGCCGCCUUUGCCUGCACCUUUUCUCAAAUCACCGGCGAAGCCAGCCUAUGGCCUGGGGCUGAGCUAGGCGCGCUGCCACAGGCCUCGCUCGCGCUCACCUGCACCGGCCCGCUGGUAAGCCACCCGGAUGCGCUCGCGCCGCUCGACGUCCACGCGCUCUCGCUCAACGUUACCACCCGGUGGAGCCGCUCGGACGCGUUGCUGCGUCUGGCCUCGGUCCAUGCCGAGAUGGAGGCCCGCCGUGUCCACGCCACCCUCUGGCCCACAGCACUCGCGUGGAUCGUGCCGCUCCUCGGCCUCCUCCCCACGCCUCCGCCGCCGCCAGCCGCCGGCGAGCCCGUGAGCCUAGGCCUACCGUUCAAGCUCUCGGCCAAGGCCAGGCUCACUGAUGCCUCGGUGCUGCUCCUUGCUGCCGAUGCACAGCCAGGCUUCCCGCUCGGCAUUCCGCUUGUACUGGUCCGCGCCAGUGCGGUCGGCUGCAACAUAUCCCUUGCGCCGCAGACGAGGACCCGAACCACAGCGUCGAUCAACGGUUUGGUCGGUGAGCGGUUUGAGGCGCCACCCGACGCGCCGCAGUUGUUCAAGGCCCGCCCGUGGCUCACACUUGCUUCCGCCACGUGUGUAGUCUCGCACCGGACUCCGGACGCUGUGCCUGUUGUCGGCCUCAAAAUUGCCGAGGUGUCUGCCUCACUCCAUGCACCGGCCUCCGCUGCGCUGCUGGCUGUCCUCAACGAGCAUGGGCCCGAGCUUGCGCGGCUGGCGGCCGCGAUUCCGCGGCGCGUUGCUCCGGCGGGCGCGGUCCCGCCGUCGCCGCGGUCGCCUGCGCCGCAGCUUGAGCUCGCGCUUGACCUCGAAGCCGUUGAGCUGGCGCUCGGCCCGCGGUACACGCUGGCGAUUGUGGCGUGUGGGCUCUCAUCGACGUCAUGGGAGACUCUGGCUGUCACUGCCGGUGGCAUUCUCGUCAAGCGGGCAACGAGCGCUGUUGAUCUUCCGAUGGUCGAGCUCGCGUCGCUGAGGCUCGAGCUGCGGCGUGCGCGCUCAGUCACAGCGCUUGUCGCUGGUGCGCUCCGGGUCGAAGCCACGCUUGACGGGGUCGGCGGCACGCUGCGCGUCGCCGAUGUUGUUCCAGUAGCGCGAACUGUGGUCGAGCUACGCGACUGCGUCGCGCCGUGGAUCAACGCGGUGGCGGCGCCGAGCACGCACAGGCGCACGUCGCCAACCCACUCGCCGCUGACGCUUGGGCUACAUGUCGCCGACACGGCACUGGCAUUCGAGAUUACCAGUCCAAGCCCGGUCGUCACGCUCUGCGUGGCAGCACUCGACAUCGACACAGCCGGCAGUAGUGCGGUGCAGGUAGGCGGCAUGCAGCUCGAGCUUGAUGGGUGUGAGGUGGCGACGCUCGACACCGGCGUAGUCUCGUUCUCGACCGACAUUCCGUCGUCGCUGUAUGCGUUUCCGCCUGUGGCGCGGUCGACGUCGCUCCUUGCCGACGCUGCGCUCGACGUCCGCUUUGGUCUCUCGGUGGCACUCGGUUCGGCUUCGGUGACCGUGCCGGCCGAGGCGCAUCUCGGCAAUGCGAUUGAGCACUUUUCGCGCGCUUACCGCUGGAUCCGCCCGAUGGUGUUUGAUGUGAUGGGCGCCAUCACUUCCGGCGAGCCGUUCCACCUCGAUUUGCAGCAGUACCUCACCCAUGAGCUUCCAAUCUGCACGCCCGAGCCCGAGACUGGCACUGCUGGUGACGGCAAGGUUGACACCGAUGCCGACGAGCGGCUCGAGCCGCUUGUCCCGCCGGCACUGCUCGCGCAGUCCGGUGGACGACCAUCAAAGCUUCCGGCGCUGACGGUGCGUGCACAAUCGGCACCGACGCUGAAGCUCCCGAGCCCGUCAGUGGAAACGAGCCCGUCGCUCUCGCCAACAAGCAUUGUUUCGGGUGAGUCGGAGCCUACACUGCUCCCAUCGCCGGAUGUCUCGCCAAUCCGAGGCGUGGCGAGUGCAGCGCAGGUGGCUAUUUUCUCGCUCGUCGCCGACGAGGUCCGACUCCGAGUGGCCGACUCGGAGUUUGAAGCGCGGCUGGCACACAAUGCCCGCCAUGGCCAGUCGGAGAACGAGCAGCGGAUCCUCCGGGAGCGGAUGAUUCUCGACCGGUUGGACCAGCUGGCAGCUGCAGGAGUAGCGCCGCCACCGGAAGUCAUCGACGAGCUGUGGGCGCGGGCAGCAGCCAAGGACUCGGAGCUUUACAUCUCGCGAUACGAGCCGGUGCAUCAGCCGGGCUAUGCCGCACCGCUUCUGGAUGUUCAGCUCGGCAGUGUCCAGGCGUCGGUCCUCACCGAGAUUGCACUGUUCUCGACUGGUGGCGCGGAGCUGCCAGCGGCGUUUGAGCCUGCGGCGGUGUGGAAGACAGCGGCCGAGCUGGCGCGGCGCAAGGUGAUCAAUACGUCAGCGGCGCUGGCGCUGACGGUCGGAGGUGAGGUGUUUUUGGCAGCCGACAGUGUCGAGGCGACGGUGCGUGGUGGUGCGCUGCCGCUGGCGGCGUCGCGAAUGUUCAAGGUGUGGGGUCCUUGGAUGCUGGCGCAGCACGAGCCGGUGGCGUCGGCGGUGUACACAGUGAGCGCACCGGUGUGGGACGAUGCAAACGGCGGGCGCGAGGUGCUGGCGUCUGUCCAGCGUUCGCUCAUGCCACUGCACAUCUUCCAUGCACUCUCGAUCUCGGCGCGUGGGCUGGAAGUGAGCCACGGCCCGGCAUUUGAUCCGUUGCUUGCUGCAAUCUCGGUAGCGGCGGGGCGGGUGAGCUCGGAGCUCUCGCUUCCGCACACGGCCUCGCGCCCGCUGGUAUGGUACGACAAGCUGCGAUUGAUGAUGCACGGCAAGCUGAGUAUUGGCGUCGACGAAGCGUUUGUCGUCAAGCUUUCGGCAUCGCCGGAGCUUAGUGUUGCAUCCGAGUACCUCCAGCUGCGGGCCGAGGGCGCGCAAGUAAGCGUGAGUGGCGGGGAAAUCGAGGUUUGUCUCAUGCGUGCGCACGUGACAAUGCACUCGGAUAAGCGAUGGGACGACAGGGCGGCGGGUAAGGCCAAGCCGGUGGAGAUUCUCUCGGCGCCGCAGCUCAAGCUGUGUGCGCAGCUGGCCUGGGUAGUCCCGGCCGGCAGCAGUGAGGCGCUCUCGCUGCUGACAGCACCGCUGGCGGUGGGCGAGGCGCGGGCAGCGCCGCUGCCGCUGUCGCAGACUGACCCGCUGGCGAGUGUCACAUCGAGUGGGGUGGACAUCGAGCUCACGCUGUCGUUUACCGCAGAAGCCGGAAGCGAUGCGCAGUGGUGGAUGGUGGUCGACCUGUCCAAGGUUCAGUUUCUUCUCGACUGGUACACGACAGCGACAACGAGUGGGCUCUCGGUGCCGAUUGGCGAGGGUGCGGUGUUUGGUCGGGCACGGGGCAAGCGAGCGCGGCUCUCGGAGCACGUGCGGGUCCUUGUGCUCUCUGUGGAUGUUGUGCAGGUCUUGCUCCAGGUGUGGGACGACGAUACGCGGCAGCGCGGGCUCAUCGUGCGUGCGUCACGAGUGAUGGCCGGCGCGCACCUGGAGCUUGUCUCGAGUGGAGCUAGCAACUCGCUUGGUGCAACGUCGGUGCUAGCGUACUUGGCGCAUGGGGCGCUCGCGCGGCUGGAGGAGCUCACGGUGCACAUCUUCACGCUGGCCGGCCUGGAGACGUUCCUCUCGCUGUACGCGUUGGGCGCGAGCUCGCCGGCGCUGCUGGCAAGCUCGGGCGACUCGUACAAGGGCGACUUUCUUCUCUCGGCGCCGAGCGUGCACUACGUGCACGGGCGAACGUUUACUGCGGCAGCGGCGGUGAUGACGCGACAUGUAGGCAACGGCGCGGUGAGGUUUGGCGACAAAGUGGUGGUGUGUGGCGACGGAAGUGAAGAGCCGGUGCUGGAGCUCGACGACGAGGAUCGCGAGGUUCACAACUAUGUGCUGCACCAGCCCAAGCUGCUGUGGACGGAGGAAGCGCGCAACUGCGUGUACCUGUGGGCGGCGCAGUACCGCAAUCUCCGCGAGACAAACGCGAGCGCAGGCUCUGGCAACGUGUUGGUGGGGAGCGCCCCGUCUUCAGGCGGAAGAGCUUGCACGCCAGCGCCACCGCCAGUGUCGCAGCGGAACGUCCAUGCGGCGCGGGAGGCUGCCGCGGCCGCCGGUGCGGCAGCGUCGCCGCUGCUCUCGCUCUUUGACGCAGCCGGUGAGGCGCGGGUGGCGGCAGUGUCUGAGGGCGCGCCGGGUAGUGAGGGCGGACCGGCUGGGACCGGGGCAUCGCCGUCGGGCGACGGGCGAGUGCGACUGUUCGGCGACAUCCCGGUGGUUGUCGAGUACUCUGUGACGUGCGUGGAGCCGCAGAUCAACUUUGUGGCGAUGUCCGAGGGCGUGCGCGGUUCGAUGGUGCUGACGGCGUCGACGAUUGUGUCUACGUGCGAGACGUUCCACCGGUCUGCGGUGGUGGAGGUCGGGGCGCAUGUGAAGCAGAACAUGACGUGCCUGACGACCGAGUUCGAGCACAUGGAGUGGCAUGUGGAUUUGCUGGACGGCGAGUCGCUGACACUUGAGGCGGCGUGGGUGGGUGAGGGCGAGGGCACGCGGCGUGCGCCAGUGGCGGUGAUGGGCCCUGCGCCAAUGACGCUGGCGUACCGGUGGUACGAGCAGCCUGCGUUGGCGAGCAAGGUCGGCGACGUGACGGCGUACGACGUUAUCUUUGACGAGCUCCCGCUUGUUCUCGAUCCGCAGCAGUACGCGGUUGUCUCUGACGUCAUUGUCCAGCUCUUGCUGGGCUAUACGCCGCAAGAGCUAGAAGAGCGCGACGAAGUGACGGCGAUGGUGCUGCGGUCGCGGCUGCAGGCGGACGAUUUGGCGUCGCUUGACUCGCUGCGGGCGCGCAAGGCAAAGCUUGCAACCGAAGUGCGCAACAUCUCAGACUUGCUGCGAGCAAACACAGCGUCCGAGCUGUACGACGAGCAAGAGCUUGCGCUGUGGCGAAGCGCGCUAGAGGCGAAAAAGGCCAAGCUUGUGGCGGCGAAGCGGGAGCUUGCGCUCUCGACCAAGUCUGCGCGUGUGCUUGCGACGCAGGGCGUGCCGCUGCUCAAGGUCGACUACCGGGCGCGCGAGCUCUCGUGGGAGCUUGUGCUCGAGGGGCGGACAGUGUCGCGGAUUGUGCUCGAGGGCAUCACGGGUUCGAUUCUCACCAACGACGACCGGUCUGGCCUCCACACCAUGCACACUGUGGACAUUUCGAUUUCGAACGAGGACGAGGCAACGGCGCUCCCGGUGGUGCUGCAGCGGCAGGCUGGGGCCGACUCGCUUUCGGGCAACAUGCUGCGUGUGUACUCGCGGUACGGCAAGCCUGUGGGCGGCAUCGACGUGUAUGAGCACUACGAAAUCAACGUGGCGCCGCUCUCGAUUGCGCUCACAUCGGCGAUGUACAAUGCGCUGGUGGCGUACUUUUGGCCCGAGGCAGCGUCGGGUCCGGCGCCAACGGCCGAGAGCGUGGCCAAAGAUGGGAGCGGCAGCGAAGGCAGCAGCAGCGAGGGGCCCGAGAACAGAAGCGGCGAGCGAGGUGCCGAGCGCGAUUGGGCGCCGGAGCAUGCGCGCGGCAGGUCGUUUGGCGGUUCGCGGUACGCUGCGGCGUCGAUUUCGAAGCAGGUGACGGUGCUCUCGCCGCGGGCCGGAGGCGGUGAGGGCGAGGGCGAGGCCAGCGGGGCCGGGGCGGGCGGCGGCGGUGGCGGUGGCGGAAGCGACGAUGGCGAGGCCGCGGCAAGCGAGGCGCUCGACGACAAGGACAGGGUCAAGCUUGCAGUGCUUGGGCACGGAUCGUCGGGCUCUGCGAUGCUACAGCGGGCCAAGCUGUUUCAGACAUUCAACUAUGUCAAGAUCUCGCCGACAAGCCUCGACGUGACGUACAAGGUUGAAGAGGGCUCAUCGUCUGUCAAGGAUCUCAACGAUGUGCACGUGAAGCUGGGCGAGAUUACGGUCCAGGGCGUGACGUACUCUUGGGACGAGCUGUACCAAGAGGUGGAGAAGCAGAUCCUCGGCUUUAUCCGGUCGCAGAUCUUCAAGAUUUUGCUGAAGAAGAAAAAGGCGUCGACGAGCAUGUUCUCCAAGGACGAGGCAUUGCUUGCCGAGUCUGCCAAGGCAAUGGGCGCGUCCAAGUCGCGGCGUUCUUGGCUGCCCAAGGUGCUGUCGUUCCGGCGCGGCUCACGCGGACGCGACGGCGACGACGACAACGAGAUGUCGGCUGAUGAGGUUGUAGUCUCGAAACAGGCAGAGCGGCAGCUCGAGGUGGCCAAGGUGCGCAAGCUCUUUGGCUCGCGCGGUGAUUCGGACCACCAGCACGCCCAACUCCUGCUGGGGACGCGAUCGUCGGGACUCGACGUGGCGGAGCGAGUCAUGCUCAAGCGGCAGCAGAGCAGGGCAGCCGAGUCUGGCGAAGACGACGCUGGUUCGGCAGGCACGAGCUCACCGCAAAGUCCGGUGGUGCCGGACCAGGUUGACGCGCGGGAGCGGGCGCGUGAAAAGGCGCGCGAAAAGGCAGCGGCGCGGAUUGCGGCGGCCGAGGCUCGGCGGAGGAGCCGGAGCGGGCAGUUGCCGUAGCAGUAGUUUACGGCUUGAUGAGCUUGCCGUCCUUCAUAAACAUGCUGAGGAGGA